AUGGCUGCUGCUCAACUUGUUGAUAUUUCCCUCCCUACCUUGCCUCAGGGCUGGGCUGGUGAGAAGGAUUUCAAGAUUGUCGGUGCUCUCUCCGGUGCCACCAAGCGCAACGUGGAGCCCGUUGGCCCGCACUUCCUGGCUCACGCUCGCCGAUCCCGUCACAACCGUACCUUCUCCGAGGAUGAGCGCCUCCAGGCCCAGAGCAACGUCAAGAAGACUGAGACUGAGGAGGAUGAUGAUAUCUCUGAAGAUGAGGACCCCAUGAUGCUUGCCCGUGAGGCCAAGGACUGGAAGGGCCAAGAUCACUACGCCGUUUUGGGUUUGAAAAAGUACCGCUGGCGUGCAACCCCCGAGCAGAUCAAGCGGGCUCACCGCAAGAAGGUCCUGCGUCACCACCCUGACAAGAAGGCCGCCCAGGGUAACACCGACGAGAACGACAGCUUCUUCAAGUGUAUCCAGAAGGCCACCGAUCUGCUUCUCGACCCCGCUCGUCGUCGCCAGUUCGAUUCCGUCGAUGAGAAUGCCGACUUCUACAAGGCCUGGGGCCCUGUUUUCGUUGCCGAGGGUCGCUUCUCCAACAAGCAGCCUGUGCCCACACUCGGAGACGAGAACAGCACCCAGGAGCACGUCGAGACUUUCUACAACUUCUGGUACAACGUUGACAGCUGGAGGACCUUCGAGUACCUCGAUGAGGAUGUGCCUGAUGAUGGAGAGAGCCGUGACCAGAAACGUCACGUCGAGAAGAAGAAUGCCAACGCCCGCCGCAAGCGCAAGACUGAGGACACCAUCCGUCUGCGUGAGCUCGUUGACGAGUGUCUCGCUUCCGAUGAGCGUAUUAAGAAGUUCCGCCAGCAGGCUCGUGCCGGAAAGGACGCUAAGCGCCUCGCCAAGGAGGAGGAGAUCCGCCGUCUCAAGGAGGAGAAGGAGAAUGCCAAGGCCGCCGAGGAGCAGCGCAAGAAGGAUGCUGAGGAGGCCGCCAAGGCUGACCGUGAGAAGAACAAGAAGGCCAAGGAGGCUGCUAAGAACGCUUCCAAGAAGAACAAGCGUAUCCUCAAGAGUUCCGUCAAGGAUGUCAACUACUUCGCCGCCGGUGAUCCCACUGCCGCUGAUAUCGACGGUGUCCUCACCGACGUCGACCUUAUCAUGGGCAAGAUUGAUGUUGAUGAGCUCGCCGUUCUGGCUGAGAAGCUCACCAUCGCCGGCACUGAUGGUGCUGCUGUCAAGACUGCUUGGUCUGGCGAGGCUAAGCGCCUUGUUGAUGCUGGUAAGCUGAAGGCCGGCGAGGCCAAGGUCUUCGUUUAA